AUGGAGCAAGCGCGCUUCUGGUUAAAUUGCUACCAGUUUCGAGUUUUUUCAUUCCAGGAAGUACUGGACUGGCGGUUUCUCGUCCUUGGAGGUUUUCUUUUGGUGUCCUUUGUCAAUUGUACCUAGUGGUCCGAUUCUCUUUAAUGAUCAGUAUAGGAGACGUAAUGCAAAUCUUUGCUGAGAUAGGUGUUGGAUAUUUAGUGCACUUUUACAAUGCAUCACUGAUAGAACAUCCAGCCUAUAAUUUUCAGAAAACGUCUUCUGGGGGUUGAGGUCUGCAAGUACGUGAUAAGGUUGCUUUUCUAGCGUUAGACAAGAAUUUCUGAUUGAGACUGCAGACUCUAGUUCUUAGAUAUUAUUCUGUUAUUACUCCUAAUGGGUACCCAUUAGUAGGACAAUAGAUAUCAGUUCGCAGAAGAUUCUUCAACUUCCAGUUUAGUAUAGUCGAACUACAUGUUCGUUAGUUUUUGAACCCUUGUGUGUCCGUGUUUUGCACCUUGGAUAUAUCUAUUGGCUGGUACAACCGUUCUACUUUUGUUCGUUGUUGGUGUCAAUAUGUUUAGUGGAAUUCUUCUUUUUCUUCAAUCUGUUGCUUGGUACCGUUGUGAAGCUGUGAAUUUAGAAGAAAAUAAGGCUGCAAUGCUUCUCCAUCAGAAAAGUUCUGGUUUUGUUCUUUUUCAUUUUGCUACAGAAAAUUAAUGGUGGAUUCAGCGGGACCAGAAAGGCUUUUUUUCAUAACUUUAUAGUUUUUACUAGAAAUCAAUUUGUGGCAAUAAAUGUCAUAUAUCUGUGUGGGUUCUUAUACUUCUCUUGAAUAAAGAAAGAGCUGCUUUGUGUUCUACAAGAAGAAUGGAGAGGUACAAGUUAAUCAAGGAAGUAGGUGAUGGAACAUUUGGGAGUGUCUGGCGAGCUAUUAAUAAGCAGUCUGGUGAAGUUGUUGCUAUUAAAAAAAUGAAGAAGAAAUAUUAUUCAUGGGAUGAGUGCAUAAAUCUUAGAGAAGUUAAGUCAUUGCGAAAAAUGAAUCAUCCAAAUAUUGUGAAGCUUAAGGAAGUUAUCAGAGAAAAUGACAUCUUGUACUUCGUGUUUGAAUACAUGGAAUGCAACCUUUACCAACUUAUGAAAGAUAGAGAAAAGCUUUUCUCUGAAACUGAAAUCAGAAAUUGGUGUUUCCAAGUUUUUCAAGGCCUGGCUUAUAUGCACCAGCGGGGAUAUUUUCAUCGUGACCUUAAACCCGAGAACUUGCUUGUUUCAAAAGACAUAAUCAAAAUUGCUGAUUUCGGUCUUGCACGGGAGAUCAAUUCACGUCCACCAUAUACGGAAUAUGUCUCAACACGGUGGUAUCGAGCCCCUGAAGUGCUGCUUCAGUCGUACCUGUAUAGUUCUAAAGUUGACAUGUGGGCUAUGGGUGCUAUCAUGGCUGAGUUGAUCAUGCUCCGUCCUCUCUUUCCGGGUACUAGUGAAGCCGAUGAAAUCUACAAAAUAUGCAGUGUAAUAGGAACUCCAACUAAGGAUUCUUGGGCUGAUGGACUGCUACUUGCAAGGGGAAUAAACUAUCAAUUCCCACAGUUAGCUGGUGUCCAUCUCUCUACAUUAAUACCAUCAGCGAAUGAAGAUGCCCUUAGUCUGAUUAAG